UGAAAGGGAAAAAAGGAAACUGCGCAGUCUGCAGCCUUCGCGGCGGGCAAGUGCAGAGAGCAGCGAGCCCGCGGGGGCGGAGCGGCGAGCGCGGCCGCCAGCAGAGAUCACACCCCCGGCAGCGAGCAAGCCCGACUCCGGGCGUCCAUGGGGCGCAGCCUCGGCCCGAGCCCCGCCAGCGGCGCGCGCCUGUCCUGACCCGGACGUGGGACUUUGGGAGAGGAUCGCGCGGCUCAGACAGGUGUUGGAGAGCACAAUGGCUGAACAACUCCUUCCCCAGGCUUUGUAUUUGAGCAAUAUGCGGAAAGCUGUGAAGAUAAGAGAGAGAACUCCAGAGGAUAUUUUUAAACCUACCAAUGGGAUCAUUCCUCAUUUUAAAACUAUGCACCGGUACACACUGGAAAUGUUCAGAACUUGCCAGUUUUGCCCACAGUUUCGGGAGAUCAUCCACAAAGCCCUCAUCGACAGAAACAUCCAGGCUUCCCUGGAAAGCCAAAAGAAGCUCAAUUGGUGUCGAGAAGUCAGGAAGCUCGUGGCACUGAAAACAAAUGGUGAUGGCAACUGCCUCAUGCACGCCACGUCUCAGUACAUGUGGGGCGUUCAGGACACAGACUUGGUUCUGAGGAAGGCACUCUUUAGCACGCUAAAGGAGACAGACACACGCAACUUUAAAUUCCGCUGGCAACUGGAGUCUCUCAAAUCUCAGGAAUUUGUGGAAACGGGGCUUUGCUAUGACACUCGGAACUGGAAUGAUGAAUGGGACACCCUAAUCAAAAUGGCUUCCGCAGACACGCCAGGGGCCCAAGGUGGACUUCAGUAUAAUUCGCUGGAAGAAAUACACAUAUUUGUCCUUUGUAACAUUCUCAGAAGGCCAAUCAUUGUCAUUUCAGACAAAAUGCUAAGAAGUUUGGAAUCGGGUUCAAAUUUCGCCCCUUUGAGAGUGGGUGGAAUUUACCUGCCUCUCCACUGGCCUUCCCAGGAAUGCUACAGAUACCCCAUCGUUCUCGGCUAUGACAGCCAACACUUUGUACCCCUAGUGACCCUGAAGGACAGUGGGCCUGAAAUCCGAGCUGUUCCACUUGUUAACAGAGACCGAGGAAGGUUUGAAGACUUGAAAGUUCACUUUUUGACAGAGCCUGAAAAUGAGAUGAAGGAAAAGCUCUUAAAAGAGUACUUGACGCUGAUAGAAAUCCCAGUCCAAGGUUGGGACCAUGGCACGACCCAUCUCAUCAAGGCUGCAAAGUUGGAUGAAGCUAACUUACCAAAAGAAAUCAAUCUGGUAGACGAUUACUUUGAACUUGUUCAGCAUGAGUACAAGAAGUGGCAGGAAAACAACGAGCAGGGUAGGAGAGAGAUGCAUGCUCAGAAUCCCUUGGAACCUUCCGUGCCCCAGCUAUCUCUCAUGGACGUAAAAUGUGAAACUCGCAACUGUCCCUUCUUCAUGUCCGUGAACACCCAGCCUUUGUGCCAUGAAUGCUCAGAGAGGCGGCAAAAGAAUCAAAACAAACUCCCAAAGCUGAACUCCAAGCCAAGCGCCAAGGGGCUCCCUGGUGUGGCACUUGGGGCCUCUCGGGGAGAGGCCUGUGAGCCCUUGGCCUGGAACCCCGAGGAGCCGGCUGGGGGCCCUCACUCGGCCCCACCGACAGCACCCAGCCUGUUCCUGUUCAGCGAAACCACCGCUAUGAAGUGCAGGAGCCCUGGCUGCCCAUUCACGCUGAACGUGCAGCACAACGGACUUUGUGAGCGCUGCCACAAUGCCCGGCAGCGUCACUCCAGCCACACCGCAGACCGCGCGAGGCAUUUAGAUCCUGGGAAGUGCCGCGCCUGCCUCCAGGAUGUCACCAGGACGUUUAAUGGGAUCUGCAGCACUUGCUUCAAAAGGACUACGGCAGAGCCCUCCUCCAGCCUCAGCUCUGGUGGCCCUCCCUCCUGUCAUCAGCGGUCCAAGUCGGAUCCCUCCCAGCUCAGGCGCAGUCCCUCCCCACAUUCUUGCCACAGACCUGGAAAUGACACCCCCACCGCAUCUGGCUGCCUCUCUCCAGCCGCACGGACCCCAGGGGACAGGACGGGGCCGAGCAAGUGCAGAAAAGCUGGCUGCAUGUAUUUUGGGACUCCAGAAAACAAGGGAUUUUGCACGCUGUGUUUCAUCGAGUACAGAGAAAACAAACAUUUUGUCACUGCCUCAGGAAAAGCCAGUCCCACAGCCUCCAGGUUCCAGAACACAGUUCCAUGCCUGGGCAGGGAAUGUGGCACCCUUGGAAGCACCAUGUUUGAAGGCUACUGUCAGAAGUGUUUCAUCGAAGCUCAGAACCAGAGAUUUCAUGAAGCCAAAAGGACUGAAGAGCAACUGAGAUCAAGCCAGCGCAGAGACAUGCCUCGAGCCACGCAGAGCACCUCAAGGCCCAAGUGUGCCCGGGCCUCCUGCAAGAACAUCCUGGCCUGCCGCAGCGAGGAACUCUGCAUGGAGUGCCAGCACCUCACCCAGCGAGUGGGGCCCGGGAACCACCUGGCUGAGCCCGCUCCCGAAGAGCUCCCCAAACAGCGCUGCCGGGCCCCCGCCUGUGAUCACUUUGGCAACGCCAAGUGCAACGGCUACUGCAACGAGUGCUUUCAGUUCAAGCAGAUGUAUGGCUAACCGGAAACAGGCAGGCCAGUCCCUACGAGAAGAGGGGCCUCAAGUCUCCAGCCAACGUGGUGCUAUACUCCGAACCCUCAGCUGCCGCUGGAGGGUCAGUCCCUGCAACAGUGGGCUCAAGGGUGUCAUUGAGCAGGGGAGGAAAGAUGAGCAUCGUGCCCGCGACGCUUGGGUUUGGUAACUGGGCAAUGUUCCCGGGUGGCCUUAGAAACUGUGACUGGCAGUGGUUUAUGUCAGAUUCAGCCCAGGGCUCCUCCUCUCCUACCAUGCAGGAGGCUGGGAAUGUCUUUGGACUUGGCACGUGUGCUAGGACUGACUCUGGCGCCUGCACCACUCAGACUGCUUUCUCAUCUCAGGAGAGAACGGAAAAGACACGCAGUCGGGCGGUUUGGGAACCCCAGAGCCAUUCCACCUGCCCUCCCUCAGAGAUGUGAAGCUGAGUCCUCACGGCACCAAGGCCCUCUGCAAGAAGCUCGAGGAAGCUCAGGGAAAAUGGACAUAUUCGGAGACAUUCGGACAUAUUAAUGGUUUUCCCCUACCUGCUUAGUUCCUUUCCCGGGAACCCAGCAGAAAAGCAGAACCAUCCACAGACUGUGAUUCUGAGUCUGCUGCGACAUGCUCAUGGUGAAAAGAAAACAAGCUGCUCUUUACAAUAUGCACCUUUUAAAAAUGAGAGUUGUUUUAGUGGGAAGAUGUAUAACUCUGGGUGAUCACUGUCUUCACUCCUUAAGAGGUUAGCCUGAACUGAGGUGUAUGUAAAAACGUAUACAUAUAGACUAUACCCUUAUAUUAUGUGUGAGGGAUUUUUUAAAUUAUACUGAAAUGCUACCCUAGAGGUAUAAGUAGGAAGACUGAAUAAUAAUAACCUAUUUUCUGGUUGUUGCUGGGGCACCGUCUAUGUACACAGCUUGUGUGAACUCAACCAGCUGCCUUUGUAAAGGGUCUGUGUGAUUCACUUUAUUUAUUUUAUUACAAAUGUUAAGGUUAUUUAAAUGAAGAUAUUUCUUCUACUCUGAGGAAAAUGCUGCAGUGUCUUCUUAAGGUAACAUACUUGGUUUGGGUCAGGUCGUGGAACCAGACAAGUCCCUGACCACAGUGGGGAAGUCGGCAUCUUUGAUACACUUUGCUGCCCUCCCUGGCUAAGUAGGAAUUGUGUCAAGAGUAAAUUCAUUAAAGUCUCAUGCUUCUUCUUACGAAACUCCAGCCACAUGAAAAGAAACUGUUCUUUAUAAUCUGUAGAUGCCUCUGAGUAUCCUACCUCCUUGGAGAGAAGAUAGGGAAGGAGCGGAGAUGAGACUGGGGAUGGUCAUAGGGAAAGAUGUGGCCUUUCAUGAUGGUUUUAUUUGCUGUGUUAAUCCAGUGUCCUGGGGGGUUGGGCAAGUGACCUUCUGUCCUGGGGCACCCCAGCAUUGGGACAGCCAAACCCAGGAACCAUGAGUAUGUGGAAAUUUCUUUCUGUUGUUGGCCUGCAGUUUCUCUCUGUGCAUUGCGUUGCUGUCAUACUUGCUCUAGAAUAAAAGGGAAAAUGCAUUUUCCCAGGAAGAAAGGGUCUGAACUUAGGACCUGAAACUAUCUGUGAUCUGUAAUUCUGCAUAGACUUUACUCUUGUUACCUGAUGUUUUCUACUUAGAACUCUCUAAAUUGUUUUCCCUGACACAUAAACCAUAUAAUUUCUUUCCAAAGGUGUCAAAUAAACUUCAGUGUUUUCAUCCGGUCCUCUUAAAGUUGGUAUCUUAAUAUUUUGUAUCUAUCAAUAUUUUCAUUCUUAAUGUGAAAUAAACGGAAUUAUUUAUACUUAUUAUACAAAGUAUUUGAAAUUUGCACAUUUAGUUGUCCCUGAUAGAAAGCUAUCUAUUCUUCGUUGGAUUUCUUCAAGUUUUUCUAAAUAAAUGUAACUUUUCACAAAAGUCAAAAUUUAAAAAUAAAUUAUUUAAGAA